AGGAGUUCGCGCGUCCAGUCAGGCCCUUCCGGGCCGCAGUUCCUCGGUGUGCGGCGCGGCGGCGUGGAGAUGCCCGGCCGUGGGGUGCGCGCCGACGAUUGCGCCGCGCCGGUGCCCGUGCCCACGGCGACUGCACACAGCGAGGCCCUGGGCAGCAAGAUUAAAGAGCAAAAAAUCAUUGUGGAUGAACUCUCUAACCUGAAGAAGAAUCGGAAAGUGUACAGGCAGCAACAGAACAGCAACAUAUUCUUUCUUGAAGAUCGAACAAACAUGCUUUCUGAAAGCAAAAAUACAUUGGAUGAACUAAGAAAAGAAUACCAAGCCUUAGAAAACUCAGAGACGACCAAAGUCAAGACCCAGUCGCCCUGACUUCACAGAGCCAUGUGCGGCAUCUGCUGUUCUGUAGGCUUCUCUGUUGAGCACUUCAG